AUGAGAAGUAACGGCGACACACAUCGGACCAUAAAACUCAUAUUAUUCUCCAUUCUUUACACAGAUAGAAAGUGAUUUAUAAAGACUGUCGGCUGUUGCAAAUGCGAUUGUUUCACGAUCUGUCGCGUUCUUGGUGGUCGCACAUGUUUAUUGUGUUGUGUAUGUGAUGUUAAUAAAUGUUAAAGUGUAAACCAUCUAAAGAAAGAAGUGUGUUUGAGGAAGUGAAGAUGUUGGAGACUAAAGGAGUUUUCUGCAUUUGUUUGGACGUUUUCUGUCUGAUCAUCGCUGGACUUCCAUUUGCAGUCCUGAAUAUUCAGCACAAACCGUUCAAGAGAGGGUUUUUCUGCAGUGAUUCCAGCAUCAAGUAUCCCUUUAAAGAUGACACCAUUUCUUACCAGUUACUGAUGGGAAUAAUGAUUCCCUUCACACUCUUUACAAUCAUCUUCGGCGAGUGUUUCUCUGUGUAUGUGCGCUCCCGAGCAUCUUUCAGUCAUCAUGAGUGUGUAGUGUGUGUGUAUAAGAGCGUGGGAUCAUUCGUGUUUGGAGCAGCGUUGAGCCAGUCGCUGACUGACAUCGCCAAGUACUCCGUCGGCCGACUGCGACCACACUUUCUGACGGUGUGUAAACCGGACUGGAGUCUCGUUGACUGUUCAUCUGGUUAUAUUGAGAAUUUCACGUGUACAGGAGACCCGAGGAUCAGCAGCGAGGCCAGGCUGUCCUUUUAUUCUGGACACUCGUCAUUUUCUAUGUACUGUAUGCUGUUUCUCGCCCUGUACAUUCAGUCUAGAAUGACGGCCCGGUGGUCUCGGCUGGUGCGUCCGACUCUUCAGUUCUUCUUCAUCUCUACGUCUCUGUACGUGGGUCUGUCACGCGUCUCUGAUUAUAAACACCACUGGAGUGACGUUCUCACCGGUCAGGUGCAGGGUGUCCUCGUGGCUUUAUUUACCGUGUUUUAUGUGUCAGAUCUGUAUGAGAACACUCGCUCAAAGUGUGAUCAGAGUGUGGAUCUGUCUCACACAAGCCUUCAAGAGAACUCGGAUCUGACAAACAACUACGGCACUUCUCAGUGACCAACAUACCGUAUAUGAACGGAGUUCCAGAUCUGUGUUACUGCCAACCCUUCUGCAUCUGAAUAUCGACACUGAUCAGAUCAGUCACUGUUUAGGAAAUCUCCACAGGUACUGUAUAUCCCUGACCAAAAUUAACCUUGAUUUUAAUUGAAAUAAAACCAAAAGACAUUG